UGCGUCUGUCGACUGCUAAGUCUGGGGCACGGCGCCGGCAAAGCCAAGAACGAAUGCUCAGGUUUGACAGAGGAAACCAACAAGGUACUUUACACUUCUCACCCCGCUGUCCCAAAGGUCUCCUUACGGGGGACAGCGGGGAAGAACUCGUGCUACCCACCCCCUCAACCAAAGUACAGCGAGCUACCGGUACUCGUCCGUCAGGAAUGGGGCCAGUAUCCCGGCGUCCUCUCCGCCGUUUGGAGCUGGAGCCGCUCUGGCCGGCGUCCGGCGUCUCUAUGGUGCCGGCCGAGGAAAGGGUAGAGGGGCGGGGCCGCCGUUCGCGCUGCAGGCUUCGGGCUGGAAAGUCGAAGGUCACUAAAUUUGGAUCAUCAUUUAAAUACUUGCAGUGAUCUUUUGAUGUUUCACUUUGCUCAUAACACGUCAUUAGCUACCCUGUCUUUUUAAAAUUUGAACUUAUGUAAAACACAAGAUUUUAUUUAUUUUUAGAGAGAGAGCAAGAGUUCAAGAGAGAGCAUGAGCGGGGGGAGGUACAGAGGGAGAAAGAUUUUCAAGCACACUCCACUCUGAGCACGAAGCCCAAUUCAGGGCUCGAUCCCACAACCCUGAGUUCAUGACCUGAGCUGAAAUCAAGAGUCAGACGCUUAACCAACUGAGCCACUCAAGUGCCUUUUGGCUCCACACCCAGUGUGAAGCCCAACAUGGGGCUUGAACUCACAACCCUGAGAUUAAGACCUGAGCUGAGAUCAAGACUCAAGUGUUCAACCAACUGAGCCACCCCGGCACCUCUGUGUGGAUCUAUUUCUGAUCCCACUUUCUAUUCUGCUUCAUUGCUCUAUUUGUCUGUCUUUAUACCAACACCACGCUGUCGUAAUUACUGCAGCUGUGUAAGACUUGAAAUCAGAUGGUGGUGACUGGGGAUGUGAACCAGAAGAAGCUGCUUGUUUCCUGAUGGCUUUUAGUGCACACUGACAGGGCGUCUGGGAUGGCAUCUGAGGCUGAGAAGACCCACGCUUUACUCCAAUCAUGUAGCACCGAGUCUCUUAUUUCCAGCCUUGGUCUGGGGAUAUUUUGCCUCGUAGCCGACAGACUUCUUCAGUUUUCAAUAAUUCAGCAAAACGACUGGCUUCGCGCCCUGUCAGAUAACGCCGUCCAUUGUGUGAUUGGCAUGUGGUUGUGGGCAAUUGUCAUCGGAGUCAAGAAGACAAAUGACUUUGGAGAAAUCAUUUUAGCUGGAUUUUUAGCCUCUGUUAUUGAUGUAGACCACUUUUUUCUAGCUGGAUCUUUAUCUUUAAAGGCUGCUUUGACUCUUCCACGAAGACCUUUCCUUCACUGCUCUACCGUCAUACCGGUUGUGGUUGUGACCCUGAAGUUUACUAUGCACCUUUUCAAGCUCAAAGACUCAUGGUGCUUUCUUCCCUGGAUGUUAUUUAUAUCGUGGACCUCACAUCAUAUCCGAGAUGGAAUUCGUCACGGCCUGUGGAUAUGCCCAUUUGGAAAAACUUCUCCUUUGCCAUUCUGGCUUUAUGUCGUCAUCACCUCCUCUUUACCUCACAUCUGUUCGUUUGUUAUGUAUUUCACAGGGACCAGACAAAUGAUGUCGUCAAAACAUGGAAUCCAUAUUGACGUUUGAGGUAAUUGUGUGGGCGUCUUAGAGAAGCAAAUGGUUCAGAUGAUGAUAGUUAAGGGUGGCUGACAUUAUCAAGUGAAUUUUUAACAGUAUAUUAUAUUAAUUAUUAUAAUUCCUGAAUCCUCUUGCUCAGGAGGCAUGUACACUUUUUAAGAAAAAAUUAGAUAUUUGUUGUAAUUCUACUUCUCUCUUCUCUAACCUCUAGUACAAUAUUAGAGUUUCAUUUAUUCCGUGAUAGAUUUUUUUUUUUUCUGUUUAUCUGGCUUUACUACUAGCUCUGGUAGAUUGAUAUCCAGUUAAGUUUUCUGGAGGUAUGGGUUUAAGGCAGUCCAUUUCAGGAUGAAAAACAGAUCAAAUCGUGGGGUGACUAAUUUGUAAAAAGUCAGCAUUUGUGUCCACGUGUUCCUGAAAUACUGGAACAGUGAAGCAGCCAAAAUAAAUGAAAUCAUGAAUAAGAUGUAUAGUGAACACUCCCGUUUCUCUAUUUCAUGUAUGUUGAUCCUGACUGAAGUUCGAUUGGCCAGGUAUGUUAGUGAGUUGUGAUUACCGGCAGAAUCUGUUUCAGCGCCCUUGUGAGAAAUCACUCUACUCUCCAUAAAAGAUAGUGACUAACAGAAGAUCUAGAUUAUUGUUUCAGGAAUCACUUUAGGAAGUAAUUAUUGUAAUAUGUCGACUGCGGUAACAUCCUAUUCAAGUAUUAUUUUUUUUAGUUUCUUUGUCCAAUAAUCUCAUGUGUUAAGGUUUUAACUGUUCUGAAAAACAUAACUAAGUUUAACAAAAUAUUUGUUAAAAAUUAACAAAAUAUUGAUACUUGGCUUAUAGCCAUGGAAUUUGAAUUGACACAAAAAAGAACUUAACAGUUACUUCAAAUGUGAAAUCUUGAAUGUGCCAUUAAAAUUGUUUUAGUUGCUGCCAAUUUGUUUACACACUAUUUUAAAAUUCAUCAGUUAAAUAAUGUUUAAAUAUCUGCCUGAUACUGAGAAACAAAGCAUAUGUUUUUCAAAAUGAAGGAUUUUUAGGAAAUUUGCUUUUUCCUUUGUUCUUGCAGCUUGAUCUGUUAAAAAUGAUUAACCUUUAUUAGAGAAGGAAAAUUUAGUUGCUGUAAAAUCUUACACUUUCACAGUUCAAUGUUACUUUGAUAUAAAAGUCAGUGUCCUAAUGGCACUUGCUGUUUUUUUUUUCAGUAUCCUAUGUAGCAUUUGCUGUCUUUAGAUUUUCUUACACAUUUGUGAUUUGUAAUGCUAGUGAUUGUGUGCCUUAUUCUCUGAGAAAUGCUGAAGCAAUGCCUUAUCCAAAGCAUAUUUUUCUUAUUUAUUAGGUUAAACAGAGCUCUGUAAAUUGUUGUAAAGUUUCAUGUUCUUUAGUUUUUCUUUUUGUUGUUAACCAGUCGGUUGCAAUCUAUUAUGUUUUAGAAUCUAUUAGAUUUUACAAUCUGUUAUCUUUCAAGAGCAAUGAUUAUGUCAGUUUGGUUGGUAUAAUAAAUAUUAUAUAGUGGGGGUAAAUUUGAAUAAGGUAGAGUUUUUUUUAAGUAUAUAAUUUCAGAAAUCCAUGGAAAUAAAGCAUAUAUCUUGUA